AUGGCUUCCGAGCACCAAAUGCCAGCCUCCAAGCAGCAGCAAGCCAGCUCCAAGAUCGCCAUCUUCGAGCAGGAGAACUUCCAGGGCCGCUGCCAUGAGCUCAGCAGUGCCUGCCCCAACCUGAAGGACGCUGGCGUGGACAAAGUGGGCUCCAUCCUCGUGCACUCCGGACCCUGGGUGGGCUACGAGCAGGCAAGCUGCAAAGGGGAGCAGUUUGUGUUUGAGAAGGGGGAGUACCCCCGCUGGGACUCCUGGACCAACAGCCGGAGAAGCGACAGCAUCACUUCCCUGAGACCCAUCAAAGUGGACAGCCAGGAGCACAAGAUUGUGCUGUACGAAAACCCCAGCUUCACCGGGAAGAAGAUCGAAAUCAUAGAUGACGAUGUGCCCAGCUUCCACGCGCACGGCUACCAGGAGAAGGUCUCAUCCGUGCGAGUGCAGAGCGGCACGUGGGUGGGAUACCAGUACCCUGGCUACAGGGGCUACCAGUACCUGUUUGAAAAGGGGGACUACAAGGACAGCUCAGAUUUCGGCGCUCAGCACCCCCAGAUCCAGUCGGUCAGGCGCAUCCGGGACAUGCAGUGGCACCAGCGUGGCGCCUACCACCCCACUAACUAGAGCCCCUGGCCCAUGCCGGGGUGCGGGGAGCGGAGCAAGCUUUCCCCCGGCCGCCGCAGUCCCCCCGCGGCCUCGCCUCCCGCCUCCCUCUGUGUGAUGCAUGCCG